AUGUGGUCUCCUCUUUCUAACCCUGUGCUCAGCACCGGCACCAAAGGACCUGCUGAGCGUAGCAGCCCUGUCGCAGUGCUCCACCCAGAGCCCGCCUACAUCGCCUAUCUGGGAGAUCAGUGCCCCAGACAGACGCCUGCCUGCUCCCCCGCCUCCCUUCGGGACAAUGGGCUCAUGCUGUACAUGGCCAAGCUGAGCACAGGGGAGCUACAAGGGUUCAAGCAGCUGCUAGUGGAGAAGCUCAUGACCAGCUCCAGCCCCGUCACCGGGGACCAGCUGAGCUCGGCCAGCUGGGCGGAAGUGGUUCACCUCUUGGUGCAGCAGUUCCCUGGCCGGCAAGCUUGGGACGUGGCCCACAACAUCUUUUCCAAGAUGAACCAGAAGAAAAUGUGUGUCAGGGUGCAAAAGGAGCUCAAAGGCCUUCUCCCAACCUGGGGGCCCGAGGAUGAGCGUCCGGGAGAAUCACAAAUGACCCUGGACAAGGAGGAAUCUGACCAGAUAAGGGCGUACAAACUCCGAGUCACGGAGAAGUACUCCCCAGCGUGGGAUGGGACGACAUGGCCUGGAAGCCAGGCAGACUUCUUGUACCGAGCGGCUCGCAGGCACCAGGAGCUCUUGACGUGUCUCUUCCUGCCCAGGAAGCCCGAGUGUGCGCCGCCCAAGGCCGUGGUGAUCCAGGGGACCCCGAGUAUCGGGAAAACGACGCUGGCCAAGCAGGUGAUGCUGGCGUGGGCCUGGGACUCAUUCUACGCCCACAAGGCCUGGCACGCUUUCUACUUCCACUGCCAAGAAGUGACCCAGGUGCCAGAGCAGAGCUGCUUGGAGCUGAUCGGGCACCAGCUACCUGGGUCCCCUGCUCUGGUGUCCAAGAUCCUGUCCAAUCCAGAGCUCCUCUUCGACGGCUUUGAGGAGCUCACACCCACUCUCCUGCAGGAGCCAGAGGCUCUCAGCGGAGACUGGAAGCAGCAGUUGCCCAGCUCCGCUCUGCUGAGCAGCUUGCUGAGCAAGACGAUGCUGCCACAGGCCUCGCUGCUGGUGGCCGUGCGGCCGGCAUCCUGGAACACCGUGAGCCACCUGCUCAGCCAAACCUCUAUGGUCACCCUCACCGGGUUUGAUAGGACAGAAACAAUCGAGUACUUCAGGACAUAUUUUGGCCACAAGAGGGAGCUCGAACAGGCUGUGAGCUUCGCCCUGGAGAACGAGACGCUCUUGUCGCGGUGCCGGGUGCCUGUGGUGUACUUGGCCAAGGGUCUUCCUGGCCGGAUGGCCCCGGGGCCCCUGGAGGGUCUGUGUCACCUGGCGGCCAGCGGCAUGAGGAUGGAGCAGUGGGUGUUCAGCAAGGGGGACCUGGUGAAGGCCAGGGUGGAGGACAGCAGUGUUGCCGCCUUUCUCAGUGCCAAUAUUCUCCGGAGGGUCAAUGGUCAGAGCGACUGCUAUGUCUUCGUCUUCUUUGUCUUCCAGGAGUUGUUUGCUGUCUUCUUUUACGUGCUCUUUUUCCCACAAAGACUGAAGAAUUUCCAAGUGCUGGGCAGCAUAGACAUCCAGAGCCUGCUGGCCGGGCCUGUGGACGUCUGGCACUUCCUGACCAACAUGGGGCUCUUCCUGUUCGGCCUCUUAAACUCGGACUGUGCCUCCAUGAUGGAGCGCGCCUUCCAGCACAGGGUAACCUCGGUGAACAGGGGCAAGGUGCUCAAAGUCCUGGCUGAGAUGUACCAGUACCACCUGCCCAUCCCAGGCUGUGGGCUGCAGCAGCUGUUCCACUGCCUGUCGGAGGUCGGCCAGGAGACCUUCCUGAGCUGGGCCCUGCGAGGCUUGUGCAAGGCCACUCUGACGCUGGACAGCGACCAGGACGCCCAGGCCUCUGCCUUUUGCCUCAAGCACUGCCGGGAUCUGAAGCGGGUGGAGCUGACCCUCUCGGCAGCCCUCCAGGAGGCGCUGGGGCCCAAGCCUGUGGACAGCCUUCCCCUGGCUGCCACCAGCGAGGGCCUGGCGGGCCUGGAGAUGACGGCUGUCACCAUGGCGCCUGCCUUCGUGUGGCUGCUGGCAGCCGCCCUAAAGCACCCCGAGGGUCUCCUGCGCAGCCUGUCGUUAAAGGGUGUGGGCCCCAGCAUGCUGCAUGAAGACUUGUUCAGAGUCUUCGUUGAGAACUCUCACAUGACGUCCCUGGAAAUACAGUGCACAGAAGUGGGGUACCAGGCUGCGCAGCUUCUGCGUGCUACCCUCCACUCCCCCAAGUGCCACAUUCAGAGUCUGAGGCUGGUGUCCUGCGUGGCCCCCCCUCGAGAGUGGGUCCUCCUGGCCCGCGACCUUCAAGACAGCGCACACCUGCAGACCCUGGCGCUGAGUGGAGCCUGCCUGGCGCUGUCGGCGGCGAUCUUCGUGUCUGCGAGGCAGCUCCGGAGGUUGGCGCUGGGGUUUGCCCUGCUGCCCGCUCUUACAGUUACACGCGCACACUCGCGCAUACACACGCACACACGGGUGCUGUGGCGGGCGUUGCUGCACAGGGCGGCCGUGCUGCAGCUUGAACUUACAAUCCCCCCUGCCUCAGCCUCCCAGAGGGCUGGGGUCACAGGCGUGCAUCCCCACACCCGGCCACCUGUCCGCAGCUCACCUCGAGUCUCUGUCCCCAGGCUGGAGAGCUGCGGGCUCAUGAAGCUGGCCUGCCCGGGCGUGGCCGUCUCCCUGGGGAGCAGCCGGACGCUGACGCACCUGAGCCUGGCGGGCAAUGCCCUGAAGGAUGAAGGGGCGAGGCACAUCUGGGAGAGCCUGGCAAGCGCGGCGCUGCCCCUCCAGAGGCUGGUGUGA